AUGGCGAGCUCCAUGUCGCUGGAUUCAUACGCCUUCUCGACCUUCUGCCCUCCAGUCGUCGCCUCUAGCUCAGCUGCGCCUCAUAUACCCUUCGUCAACACAGCCAUUGCAAGCCAUACGAUGUGCAUCUACGAAGUCGUCGAGUUCAAGGACUGGCAGUCAACGGGCAUAUCCUCCGGCACAGAGCGUGAUCUGCCAGCUCCUCAGAUCGCCCAGAUAUUCGGCACGGCCACCAUUUCCGCAAAGCAAGGAAACCGAAUUCUUCGAGCUAUUCAGGAGCAACGAGUAUCAGGGAUCAUUGAUCUCCCAUUGCCUGCUGAUAUCGCCCGAGCCGCACCUCCACAUAUUAUCAAUGGAGGCCUUUCAUGGCUGCGGAGCGCCCACCCCAUGGAUGAGGAAGCAGCUAUUCUGGCAAGAAUUGAAAGAGAGGAACAAGAAGAAGAAGAUAGGUUGAUACGGCGUGCAGAGGAGCUUGGUAUCUACAAACCACAAAGUGGGAGGUUCGGUGCCACAACCGUCAAAGAGGGAGAUGUGUACGGAAGUAGUAUACUUGAAGAAGUCAGGAAAGAAAAUAUGAAAACUAGCAAGCAAACUGAGGAGAAAAAGAGACAGGAGUGGCUUGACGGUGAAGCUAAACGGACUGAAGAGCUUCAAGCACAGGCGAGAAAGUUCAAAGACAUACAAAAGUUUGAGCCGCAAGAGCUUACAGAGGCUCGUCCGCGCGCAGACCCUACCGUACGCCCAGCCCUAGCCUGGAUUCAACAACAGCACUUGAGAGCAACUGCAACUGAUGGUGAUGCGUCGAAACUUACAACGGCACGGCGCAUCCUCCCAUCGCUUGGUGUCGUUGCCUUAACCCUUGGGCUAUGUUAUCUAUAUUCAGAAACAUAUGAGGAGCCUAAACGUGAACAAAGAUUAUGGUCAGAUAUUCGACCUGCUGCAGCAACUGUGGUAACUUUGGUAGGCUUGAAUGUAGGAGUAUUCGUGCUUUGGAAGUUCGUUCCUCCUGCAUGGCGACUCCUCAACAGGUACUUUGUCAGUGUCCCCUGCUAUCCACACGCUGCUAGUGUGGUUGGUAGCGUAUUCAGUCAUCAACAGUUCCGCCAUCUCGGCUCAAAUAUGCUGGUACUAUGGUUUAUUGGGAUGAGAUUGCACGAGGAAAUUGGCCGAGGCGAUUUUGUAGCGGCCUAUCUUUCCACUGGUGCCUUUGCAACAUUCGCGUCCUUUGCUGUCCGUGUUCUAUCAAACAACUUGAGCGUUUCGUCACUCGGAGCAAGUGGAGCAAUUUCUGGCAUAGUUGCAAUGUGGUGUAUAAUUCAUUCAAAUGAUAAACUCACAAUUGCCCUGUUGCCGAGCGAUUGGCAGGAUAAGAUAUCGGCCUCGGGCUCUACAUUCUUGUGCGCAAUAAUUCUUGUGGAGCUACUAAAUUUUGUACCGGCGUUCCGCAUGUUUGCAGUUGACUUAUGGUCUCAUCUAGGCGGAUACGCGGCUGGUAUAGUUCUCGGUUUGCUGUGGAAGGACAAGAAAGAGCGUGAGCGGAGAAAUAACCCUCCUCCUACCUGGCUGAAAUCAUUUGGAUCCUGA